UUUCUCUUGGAUGAUUUUCUUUGGACAGGCCCAAGGCCAACGAGGCCAGGGAAUCAUUGAAAGGCAGACAAAUGUAUAUAUAUUCCGAUUGGGUUCGCGUGAGUCGUAGGCCAAGUUAAUUUUAAAGGCAUCACCGGGAGCUGUGCAGGUGUGGUACAUAUAAGAUCGGAGAACUUAAUUCUAGGUGAUACAGUACACCAACCCAAGUGUUCCACAAUGUCCAUCAAUUUACCACUUAAGAAGACGUCCUUCACCCUUGAUACCUCUGGUGUCAUGGGGUUCUUCGGCGGAGAAGAAGCGCUCUCCGCCAUGUCAACUGUCCAUCUCUACCGGGGCAGACAUUUACUCGGAUGGUACAACUCUCCCGGAAGCUAUACUGUCGCCAAGAAAUUUGGCCAGUUGGCGAAAUCUCGACUCUGGGAUGGCAUCUUUCCAGGACCGAAUCCAACGCCUGAAGAAAUGUUCGGCUUGGAUGGGAAGGAGGGACCUCGCUUUAUCGGGGCGUUCUCGGGCACAGAUAUGACGACCACAGGACACCUCGCAUACCUUAUAGCCCAAAAGGCAAAUGAUACCGAGGAGAAGAUUGAUUUCGGAGGAAGAAAGACUAUACCAGGGUCGGUGAGCAUCAUAGAGCUCGAUAACGUGAAAUGGCAUCAGGGAGACAACGUGCCAAAGAAGAAAGUUUUUCAUGCCCUGUAUGCUGCUAUACCCAUCACCAGCAGUCUUGCAGCGUUCCUCGCUUGUGCAAAUGUUCGUGAUUGGUUCGCAUCUGGGCUGAUCAUUCUGGGCAUGGUCUCGAGUGGCCUGUCUUGCCUUGUCAUCGGUUCAGGGAGGCUGCAUUUCAAGCGUGUCGAACCUUCGUCAUAUGCACCGCGGGGAGAUGGAUUUCUUUUGAUGCGCAAUGAUGUCGUCAUCUUGAAGGGCACAGAGAAACAGGUGGCGUCGAUAACCAAGGGCAAACUCGUGCUGGACAUGGGUUAUAUUCACGAUGAAAAGUUCAAUGCCGUCGGGAUCUGUUCCCUGCUACUCCUGUCACAGUUUCUCAUUCAACUCCUCCUCGUUCCUCAAGCAACACUAUUCGGCCAGAUUAUGUUCCUGUCGUCGAUUGCUGUGUCUUGGGCGUACAAUUCGUUUCUGUCGUCACUGGAGAAAGAGAGGAUUCAGACAGAUAUACUGUGGAAAUGGCUCGAUGAACCACCAAUUAAAAAAUUUGCGCUCCCCAACAGAACAUCGGAAGCGGCGUGCGCAUGCUUUAUCUUGCACGCAGGCGUCGACAAGUCGAGGAAAUCGUCUACAGAUUUCAAGCCGAAGAAAAUCCUGGAGUGCAUGAUCCCAAAUGAUACAAGAGUUUGGGAGGCAUGGAGGAAACAUGUGGCGGAGCAGGUGUUGAGUAAACAGAAAAUCAAAUGUUUUAGGCCGAUUAAAGAGCUCGUAGCGGACUUGGACGAUGAAGAACAGAAGCUCCUGAGGCAGUUACUGGCAGACGCCGAGUACGGUUAUAAACGUUACCAAAAAUAUUAUGAGUCUUGACACCUACAAAUAGUCAGUAACUUAAUUCAAGUAGAGCUAAUAGGAAUGACAAAAAGCAUAAUACUACUUAAUA